AUGGACACCCUCCUCUACCCAACCCUCCUCCGCGACCUCUGGCCACACCUAGACAUGAGCCACUGGCCGACCCUCGACCGUCACCUCUACCCAUUCUACCCAAUCUCGCUCCCGCCCUCCAUCCCCGUCACCCCACAUCCCGACCCCAUCCUCGCCCGGCGCCUCCGCCUCAAAGAAUCCGGCAUAACCUUCGAAUACUACAAGAAACUCUUCUACACGCCACUGGACAACCUCAUCCUCAUAACGAUCGAAUUCUCCCUCGACACGCUCCUCUCGAACAUGCCCGACUGUGAUACUCUCGCCCACACCCCCAUCGACAGACACCACCCGCACUGCAUCUUCGCCAUACUGAAGUCAGCCAAGCAGCAUCUGAGACGUAGUCUCCGGACGGGGAAGUUUGCCAAUAAGGCGAUUAAUCAGAAAAAGUACCAUGUGCUGUGUAAGCAUGCGUCGAGGGGGGAUACAGCGGAGGAGAUAUUUCGGGAUUUGUUGGAGGAAUUGGAUGGAAGGACAUUUGAAGAACAGAUUCAAUAUUAA